AGUUGGUAUUAGCGUUGUAUAUGUAUCAUGUAUGUAUUUGUAGAGUGAGAGAGUUUGGGUUGUGGGCUGCUCCAGCCUCUGUCUGUGGUUGGUCUUAUCUUUUGCUGAAACUUGAAAUUGAAUCUCUCUCAAGCUUCCUUUCUUAAAAGGUUAGGAAUUUGAAGCAGAAGUAAGAACUAGGAAGAGAUGGGAGUGGAUUUGAGACAAGUGGUGGCAGGUGUCCUCACCCUCACAAUGUUUGUCAUGCUUGGAAAUAUGAUCAAAAGAGACCACUUCGAUAAUUCACUUCAAGAAAAGCUUCCAGGAGGAUCGGAAGAUGCCAACUUUGAGACUGCUACGUUUGAUGCUACUCAUGUAAGAAAGAAUAUAGGGCUUUGGAAGGGAGAUGUGGAUGACCUAAAACCGUGUUGGGUUAAGCCAUCUUCUGAUGAUGUGGAGCAGACCCAAGGAUUUGUUACUUUUGCGUUAACCAAUGGCCCAGAGUACCAUAUUUCUCAGAUAGCAGACGCAGUGAUUGUUGCUAGAAAUCUGGGGGCAACGCUUGUGAUGCCUGACAUCAGAGGAAGCCAACCUGGUGACAAGUGGAAUUUUGAGGAUAUUUAUGAUGUUGAUGUGUUCAUGAAAAGCAUGGAAGGGGUGGUCAGAGUGGUAAAGGAUCUUCCUACUCGUAUAUCAACACGAAAUAUUGCUGCUGUGAAAGUCCCUAAUCGGGUUACAGAAGAUUACAUAGCUGAACAUGUGGAGCCAAUAUACAGAACAAAGGGAAGUAUAAGACUUGGAACUUACUUCCCUUCAAUAAACAUGAGAAAGGCAGGGAAAAAGGGUGACACUGAUUCUGUUGCAUGCUUAGCAAUGUUUGGAAGUUUAGAGUUGCAGCCAGAAAUGCAUGAAGUGGUUGACUCAAUGGUUGAAAGACUAAGAACUUUAAGCCGAAAUUCAGAUGGGCAAUUCAUAGCUGUGGACUUGAGGGUUGAGAUGUUGAAUAAGAAGGGCUGCCAAAAUAGUGAUAUUGAUGGGGAGAAAAGCUGCUACAAUGCACAAGAGAUUGCAGUAUUUUUGAGGCAGAUUGGUUUUGACAAGGAUACCACAGUUUAUGUGACUGAAUCAAGGUGGGAUAGCAGCCUUGAUUCUCUCAAGGAUUUGUUCCCUAAGACUUACACAAAGGAAGCCAUCAUGCCGGCAGAUAAGAAGAAAAAGUUCCUAGAUUCUGAAUUUGAGAAAGUGAUUGACUUUUACGUAAGUGCAGAGAGUGAUGUGUUCGUACCAGCAAUUUCAGGUCUGUUCUAUGCGAAUGUAGUUGGAAAGAGAAUAGGUUCUGGAAAAACACGCAUACUGGUUCCAGCUACAUCUGCUUCUGCCUCCAAUUUCCUCUCUCCUUAUGUCUCCAACAAAAACCACUUUGCUUAUUCUUGUUACUGUUAGCAGCAGCAGCAACAACAACAACUUUAUUUAUUUAUUAUGCUCCAAGACACAAUCUCAGUUUCCCAAACUACCUGCCCGUUAUGGCUUUUUGCUUUUCCAGGCGUUCACCAAAAAGGGUUCACCGUCAAAUGUGUACAGAGUGCUUUCUAUUCAUCACAUUUUGUUGUAAAAUUCUGGUUGCCUCAGUUUUUUAUCUAUCAUAAUUGGUGGUGGUGAAACUAAAGAUAAUGUAUUUGUUUGAUCUCCAUGGUAUAAUGGCAUCGCAUGUAUUGGAAUUUUCUUUCGUGGUAAAAAGGUAUAUUUUUUCUUGGUA